UCGGCCCGGGAUCAUAUCAUGAGAGCGGUAACCUUUUGUUUGAAAAUUUAAAAAACAACUUGAGUCAAAUAAUUUUAGUAUUAUUAAUUAACUAUUGCUUUAUACCACAUUCAAUGGAGGAGGAACUCAAAACAUUCUUUAUUCCCAACGAAUUGUGUCGGCGUGCAGGUGUGGCGGCAUCCUGGAGCCCCAUAAACAAAUUCGCUGUGUUCGCUUACGAGAAACGUAACGUGCAUCAACAGGAUGCACCUAGUAACUUUGCCUCCAAAAAUCCAUCAAGCAUCUUUUUAGUCAGACAAGACGUUCUACUAUUCCAACCAAUAUUUAGGAAGUUUGUCAACGAAUCCAACAGAUCGUUUCUUGAUUUGCAAAACAUAAUUGGAGAAAAGACAGCUAACAAAAAUAAUGAACUGUUACGAAUUAGCAGACAAUAUAGAUCUGUCGUUAGAGCCUGUUUGGAAGAUCUUCAUGCUGAUAUCAGUAAAGCAGAACAAGCAGAACGCGAAACUUUGCAAGAUUACAUUACAAUAUUCUAUUCAGUAGAAUGCAUUUGGCAUUUGUGUGAAAUACUAUUUAUUGAAUCUAUCCCAGGUAACGUUGUACUGCCAUUUUUAUUAGAAUGGAUUAGAUUUCAUUUUCCCAAACAUGAAAGGAAUGCAGCAAACAUGUUAGCUGGAGAUUUAGCUGGUUUAGAGCAAAACAUAGAGUUUUGGCCCACUGUUUUUGGAUCCUUGUUGCAAGGGAGGGUUAAGGUUGUUAGGGCCCUGUUGAAACAGCACUCUGCAUCCGAUAGUCAUGUAUACAGACUUGUUGAUCAAGUUUUGAGAGCUAUGCCUAUUUAUGAUAUAUUCAGUGGAACAUCAAUUAAUGAAUUCCAACUGCAGUGGAAACACUGGACUGUGGACGUUCAAACAAAAAUCGACGCCAAAAUGUUUGUUUCCGACAAAAAUUUAGACACAAUUAUGAAGCUUGUAGUUGGUGAGGAACAAGCCUGGGCGGAGAUCCAAGUCCAUUGUGAAACAUGGUAUGAAUUAUUGGCUGCUUGGUUGUUUUACACAGAACCAACAGUAAAAACAUUCGAGCUGGGACAAUUUGCAAAGCACUGCAUUACAAAAAUGAAUAUGCGAAAUCGCAUGAAACAUUUGGAUCGUGUUCUUUUGGCUGCAAUUGAAUUCGACGAGUUACAAGUAAUAAAAGAAAUUCAACAAAUGUCGGAAAAUGGGUGGUUUGUAACCCAUUUAACAGACAUUCUGUACCACGCCGAUCGUUUAAACGACGUAGGAAAGGAACUGGAAAAUUUUUCGUCCGAAAAACUGCGGGAAUCCUUCCUGUUGGAUUAUGGUACUAUGUUGAUGGGACAUAAGUCGCUAUGGCAGGUGGGCCUGGACUACUUGGAUCGUUGUCCCAAUGACGGACCGGGCGCCAUCGAGCUGUUGCUGCCCCGGAUACCGCUCGAGGACGAGGCCAAGACGCGCAAGGUACUCCGCGAGGCCAAGAUUCGAAAGCUCGACCACGUUGCCCAGAGUAUCUGCAAGGUGCAAGGGGUGAAGUCAUUGAGAAGAGGUAGAUUAGGAAACGCGUUAUCAUGGGCCCUAAAAUCACAAGACGGUCCUUUUACCUCAUAUCUGGCUGAUAAAUUUUUACAGGAGUAUACAAAGAACGGCAAACUUGCCAGCACUGAUUUUCUCGAUAAUUUAGGUUCAUGUAUGAUGGCCAGUGAUAGAUUGAUAUUUUUAGGAAAAUAUUACGAAUUCCACAAACUGUAUCAAGCAGCGGAAUACAAAGAGGCCGGAAAUUUAUUAAUAUCUCUACUAGCAUCAAAAAUCAUUCCAAAUUAUUUUUGGUAUGUGCUGUUAGUUGAAGCUAUACCGUUGUUAGAAUCAGAGGAAAUUGUGUUUUCGUCAAAUAACACGCUGCAAAUAAUCCAUUGUUUGGAAGAUAAAGAAGAUCUGCCAGAACUGAAGGAUAAAAUCGAUAUUUUACGUCUUGCUGCCGCAAGGAAUUUAUCCAGAGCUUUAACUUAUGAAGCGCAAUUUGUUUAAACAUUCUUUUUUAUAAUAAACUAUUUUGUAAUAUUUAAACAA